GGGAGGUGAAGCGGGAGUGAAGCCGGCUGAAGGUGCUCGGGUUCAGCAUCACUUCUCAAAGUUUCUCGCGGACUCUGCUGGUGUAUGAGCGCCGCUUCGGAUAUCGCUCUCUCACCCUCUGUCGCUCCAGCGCUCCGCUGCCGUCAUACGGAUCGUUCUCCCCGGUUUCUAGGAUGUUAUCCAGCCAGAGCGCAGCGGCUCUGAGUGGAAGCGGAUCAGCGGCGGGGAAGAGCGCAGGCCACGGCGCGGUGGUGAUGGGCGCCGGGGUCCGCGCGGGGUUCGCUCGGGGUCUGGGGCCGAUGGGGCUCGGGAUCCCAGGGAGGUUCGAGCCGGAUAAAGAGGGACCCCCGCACCUGUGCAGCGGCUCCGACGCGGACUCUGACUCCGGCGAUGAGGACGAGCUCAUGGGGUCAGUCGGGGACAACCGGAGGGGAGGCGGCGUCAAGCGGGAGAGAGCGGAGAUGGAAGCCGCGAUAGUGGGACCUGAAGCCGGCUUGCCCUCCGCGGCGCUCGCGGCUGGAGCGGCUGGAGCGAAACCGGGCAAGAAGACCCGCGGCAGAGUGAAGAUAAAGAUGGAGUUUAUAGACAACAAACUGCGACGGUACACGACCUUCAGCAAGAGGAAGACGGGCAUCAUGAAGAAGGCGUACGAGCUCUCCACGCUCACGGGAACACAGGUUCUGCUGCUGGUGGCCAGCGAGACGGGGCACGUCUACACCUUCGCCACGCGUAAGCUGCAGCCCAUGAUCACCAGCGAGACGGGUAAAGCUCUGAUCCAAACCUGCCUGAACUCUCCGGACUCUCCGCCGCGCUCCGACCCGUCCACGGACCAGCGCAUGAGCGCCACGGGCUUCGAGGAGACAGAUCUCUCCUACCAGGUAUCCGAAUCCGAGAGUCUCGGAGAGACCAAGGACGCUCUGAAGCCGGCGUUCACCGUGGCCAGUGUCCCGGGCAGCACCACCAGCUCCUCCAGCAGCCCGUCCUUCCCCAUCACCAACUACCUGCCGCCGGCCAGCGGGAACGGAGCCAAGAGCGCAGGAGCGGCCGGAGGAGUCAUGCAGCUGCCCGCAGGAUUCACCUUCAUGUCAGGCUCUCCGUUUGCUCCCGGGACUCCUCUCGGUCAGCUACAGCAGCAUUCACUGGCCCUGCAGAGUUCCUCCGGUCAGAGCAUCACAGCGUCAUCGUCCGGCGCGUCUCAGCCGCCGCAGGGUCAGCAGGCCGUGUUUCGUCUUCCGGCCACCGUCUCGCUCACCGGCGGAGCAAUGGCACAGCAGCUCCAGACCAUCCAGGUCCAGUCCAGCGGUCAGUCGGGCUGCAUCAGCACCAGCGCCAGCAGUCCAGAGAUCUCUCAGAGCAGCACAGCCUCCACGGCUACAGUCAGUCUGCCAGCCACCAUCGUCACCUCCUCAGUGCCCACCUCCAUGACCGGUCACAUGAUGUACCCCAGUCCACACACACUCAUGUACGCAUCCGCACCCACGCUAGCAGACGGGAGCGUAGCGGUGCUCAACGCCUUCACACAGGGACAGGUGUCACACACACAGACUCAGGACACGGGUGGCGUUCCUCAGGUGUUCCUCACAGCUCCUCCCGGUACGGUUCAGAUUCCCGUCUCGGCGGUGCAGCUUCAUCCAGUACGGCAAGAUCAACACUUCACAAAUGGUGAUUGGUCAGCAGUCCAGCGGCAGCAGCAGUAGUCUGACCGAGCUUCAGGUCGUCAAUCUGGACGCCUCGCAGAACGCCAAAAACGACUGACCGACCGCGCCACCAGAGACUGACGCCGCUAUUUAUUAACGCCUUUCUGAGAUUGACGUUUAUACAGUUCCUCAUUUAUACGUCUGAUUCUACAGUUUCUGCUGUAGACAAGAGUGUGUGUGUGUGUGUGUGUGUGUGUGUGUGUGUGUGUGUGUGUGUGUGUGUGUGUGUGUGUGUGUGUGUGAGUGUGUGUGUGUGUGUGA